AUGUCCUCUGUAGACACACAACAAUAUUUAAUUUGUCCAUUAACAUUGCAAUUAUUUAAUGAACCAGUUACAGCUGAAGAUGGUCAUACAUAUGAAAGGAAAGCAAUAACUGAAUGGAUUACUCAACAUGGUACAAGCCCAAUUACAAAGAAAUUUUUAAGUAUCAAUCGAUUAACACCAAAUUAUGCAAUUAAGGAUGCUGUCGAAGCUUUUAAACAACAACAGGCACAAAGUAAUAUACUACCAAGUAUAUCCAUUGCUGAUGCUAAUGUAAAUGGUUAG